GAUUCUGAUUGAGUCAGUGCUUUACAAAAUUACUUCUCAAUGCUCUCCUUAAAGCUGAGAUAUGCCCACUGUUGAGAGUGAAGCCAAAGUAAAAACCAAACUUCGCUUUGAAGAAUUGCUUAAGACCCACAAUGAUCUAAUAUGUGAAAGAAAAAAACUGAAGAAAAAACUUGCCAAAUCUAGAGAAAACAGCACACUUGACAUUAGAAGCAAUCUUCAGAAAAUUAAAGAAACUAAAGGUGAUGAUGUAAGUGCUACUAACAUUAAUAACCCGGAGAAGGGCAUGCGAGUCACUAAAAACAAACUGAGGAGUACACAGUCAGCAACUGAAAAUCCAAAUGACAAUGCUUACGUAGAGGAAGACAAGCAAGGAAAGCCAAAUAAAAAGGUUAUAAAGACAGUUCUCCAGGUGAGUGCACAAGAAAUGGAACUGGAAACUCCUGAGAAGAAGGUGGAUUCUGCACAUCAGAAAGCACAAACAAAGUCACAGCCAGGUGUUGAACAUCAGAAAAAUGAGAAGGCAAAUGAGGGAAGAGAAAAUAAUGAUUUAAAAGAGGAAGAACUGAUGCAGGUAUAUCAGCUCCAAGUAGCUGAAGAAAUGGCAAAGGAGAUUAAGAAGAAAAUAAGAAAGAAACUGAAAGAACAGUUGACUUUCUUUCCCUCGGAUACUUUAUUGCAUGAUGACAAAGUGAGCAGUGAAAAAAGAAAAAAGAAGAAAAAGAAAGUUCCAGUCCUGUCUAAAGCUGAAACAAGUGCAUUGACCAUCUCUGAUGACACAGUUGAAAGUAAACAAAAGAAGGAGUCUCUGGUUGGAACAGUUACGUUGGAUUCUCAUCAAGAUGAUGAAAUAAGCUCAGUGGAACAAAAUAUAGAAGACAAUAUGCAAGAUAAUAUGAAAUCCAAACAAAAAAAAACGAAAAAGGCUAAAGCAGUUUCAGAUGACAGUGAAGACAUUGCUGGUGAUGGUGUUCAUGAAAUAACAAGCCGAGAUAGUCCAGUUUAUCCCAAAUGUUUGCUUGAAGAUGACCUUGUCCUGGGAGUUUAUAUUCACCGAACUGACCGACUUAAGUCAGAUUUUAUGAUUUCUCACCCGAUGGUAAAAAUUCAUGUGGUUGAUGAGAAUACUGGUCAAUAUGUGAAGAAAGAUGAUAGUGAACGGCCUGUUUCAUCUUACUAUGAAAAAGAGAGUGUGGAUUAUAUUCUCCCUAUUAUGACCCAGCCAUAUGAUUUUAAACAGUUAAAAUCAAGACUUCCAGAGUGGGAAGAACAAAUUAUAUUUAAUGAAAAUUUUCCCUAUUUGCUUCGAGAUUUUGAUGAGAGUCCUAAAGUCAUCCUGUUCUUUGAGAUUCUUGAUUUCUUAAGCAUGGAUGAAAUUAAGAAUAACUCAGAGAUUCAAAACCAAGAAUGUGGCUUUCGGAAAAUUGCCUGGGCCUUUCUUAAGCUACUGGGAGCCAAUGGAAAUGCAAACAUCAAUUCAAAACUUCGCUUGCAGCUGUAUUACCCACCUGCUAAGCCUCGAUCCCAAUCAAAUGUUGUUGAGGUUUUUGAAUGGUGGUCAAAAUGUCCAAGAAAUCGUUAUCCAUCAACAUUGUAUGUAACCGUUAGAGGACUGAAAGUUCCAGACUGUAUAAAGCCGUCUUACCGCUCUAUGAUGGCUCUUCAGGAGGAAAAACCAGUGUAUUGCGAACGUCACCAUGAGUCAAGUUCAGUAGAUACAGAACCUGGAUUAGAAGAUUCAAAGGAAGUAGUGAAGUGGAAACGACUGCCCGGGCAGGCUUGCCGUAUCCCAAACAAGCACCUCUUCUCCCUAAAUGCAGGAGAGCGAGGAUGUUUUUGUCUUGAUUUCUCCCACAAUGGAAGAAUAUUAGCGGCAGCCUGUGCCAGCCGGGAUGGAUAUCCAAUUAUUUUAUAUGAAAUUCCUUCUGGACGUUUCAUGAGAGAAUUGUGUGGCCAUCUCAAUAUCAUUUAUGAUCUUUGCUGGUCAAAAGAUGAUCGCUAUAUCCUUACUUCAUCAUCUGAUGGCACUGCCAGGAUAUGGAAAAAUGAAAUAAAUAAUACAAAUACUUUCAGAGUUUUACCUCAUCCUUCUUUUGUUUACACGGCUAAGUUCCAUCCAGCUGUAAGAGAGCUGGUGGCUACCGGAUGCUAUGAUUCUAUGAUACGGAUAUGGAAAGUUGAUAUGAGAGAAGAUUCUGCCAUACUGGUUCGACAGUUUGAUGUUCACAAGAGUUUCAUCAACUCUCUCUGUUUUGAUACUGAAGGUCAUCAUAUGUAUUCAGGAGACUGUACAGGCAUAAUUGUUGUUUGGAAUACUUAUGUCAAAGUUAAUGAUCUGCAACAUUCAGUGCGCCACUGGACUAUAAAUAAGGAAAUUAAAGAAACUGAGUUUAAAGGGAUUCCAAUAAGUUACUUGGAGGUUCAUCCCAAUGGAAAACGUUUGUUAAUCCAUACCAAAGACAGUACUUUGAGAAUUAUGGAUCUCCGAAUAUUAGCAGCGAGGAAAUUUGUAGGUGCAGCAAAUUAUCGGGAGAAGAUUCAUAGUACUUUGACACCAUGUGGGACAUUUCUCUUCGCUGGAAGUGAGGACAGUAUAGUAUAUGUUUGGAACCCAGAAACAGGAGAACAAGUAGCAAUGUAUUCUGACCUGCCAUUCAAGUCACCCAUUCGAGACAUUUCUUAUCAUCCAUUUGAGAAUAUGGUUGCAUUUUGUGCAUUUGGGCAGAAUGAGCCAGUUCUUCUGUAUAUUUAUGAUUUUCAUGUAGCCCAGCAGGAGGCUGAAAUGUUCAAACGCUACAAUGGAACAUUUCCAUUACCUGGAAUACACCAAAGUCAAGAUGCCUUAUGUACCUGUCCUAAACUGCCCCAUCAAGGCUCUUUUCAGAUUGAUGAAUUUGUCCACACUGAAAAUUCUUCAACAAAGAUGCAGCUGGUGAAACAGAGACUUGAAACUGUCACAGAGGUGAUACGAUCCUGUGCUGCAAAAGUCAACAAAAAUCUCUCACUCACUUCGCCACCACCAGCCUCCUCACAACAGUCUAAGUUAAAACAGCCAAACAUGCUGACUGCUGAUGAGAUUCUACAUCAGUUUGGUUUCUCUCAAACCGGGAUUAUAAGUGUAGAAAGAAGGCCUUGUAACCGUCAGGUAGACACAGCACCAACGGUAGUGGCUCUUUAUGACUAUACAGCGAAUCGAUCUGAUGAACUAACCAUCCAUCGCGGAGACAUUAUCCGAGUGUUUUUCAAAGAUAAUGAAGACUGGUGGUAUGGCAGCAUAGGAAAGGGACAGGAAGGUUAUUUUCCAGCUAAUCAUGUGGCUAGUGAAACACUAUAUCAAGAAUUGCCUCCAGAGAUAAAGGAACGAUCUCCUCCUUUAAGCCCCAAGGAAAAAACUAAAAUGGAAAAAUCAUCUUCAGCUCCUCAAAAGCAGUCAGUCAGUAAGGACAAGUCCCAGGAUUUCAGACUGCGCACAGAACCUAUGACACAUUCUGAAAUGGGCAAAGAAAAGAGCCGUGAGGACCGAGGACACCUAAAGGAAAUGCAGGGGAAAAAGAGUGAGCAAACUGGCCGAAAAGUCACCCUGAUAGAGUAAGAAGAACGAAGAGACACCCAAGUGCACAGAGAUGAAAUGAGAAAUUAAACUGAAUGGAAUUUCUCUUAAGAGUUCAGAAUUUUCAGAUACUAAGGAAGAAAGGAAGGACCCACUACUUUUGUCCUUAUGAAAGAAUCCAGAAAAAUCAGAAGCGAGAUAUGGGUGGAAAAAUCAAUGUGGCCUUUGAGAUUAUUACUAACCAUUGUGAUUGUUGUUGGUCUAAGUGUUGACACUUGUGUUAGUAGUAAUUACAUCAAAAUUACAUUACCAGUAUUGAAAAACCAAUAAAGAAAAAACCCUAAUUGCUACUCAAGCGUGAAUAAAAUCUGUUUGCAUUGUUAGGACGUCUGUUAAGUAAUCAUUUAAUAUUAUACCUGUAAUGUGGUUAUAUGUGUGAUGUUAUGCUCAGAAUAUGAAGUAUCUGCUUUUGUAAUUAACUUUAUUUAAAAGAUAAGCAGCUUUAUAAUAUUGUGUAUUCAAAGCGGUUCCAGUAACAAAGGCAUUAAAAAGAAAACAGUUUGCUUUUUAGAAUCAAAUUCUGUGUUUCUUUAGAAUGAAGCAUAAAAUGUAACUUUAUAUACCUAAACUAAAAGUGAUUUUUGGCUGAACUGGCAACAGUGUUCCAAAUUUCUUUACUUUGGAAAAAAGCACUUCAUAUUUAAGCAUAUAAGUAAUUUGUAAACUUACAUUAUUUAAUAUUUAUUUUAGUCUUAAUAUUUGUUUUUAAAUUAUUACAUUAUAUUAUUUUUUUUAGUUCCAGAAUAAUGGUAUCAUUACUAUGUGACUAUAUGUUUUAAAGUUUGAUAUUAUAAUAGGGACCUUUUUUUUUUGUCUUUUGACUCUUCUUUCUCUACGAUGUGAUAAGUCUAAUAAAAUAUUUAGCCCCAAGAAGGUCAAAACUAAUAUAAAAUUAGAAAAACUUAUUUUCCAAAUUAGACAAUUGAUUCUACUAAAAUAAGAAGUGAGAAAAGUGUUGGGCACUGAGGUGUAAAUUUCAUCCAGAUGUAUACCCAAUGUGAAUAGCUUCUAGUAAAAAUAUAUUUGGCUCUUAUCCCUACACAUGUUGUAGAGGCAUAAAAAUUGGUAAACAUGCCCUUGCUGUGUAGAACUUUUUUUAAAAAGGCAUUUUUGAAAGUGUUGAGUGGCACUGAUGACUGCUAGAGCACACAGCCAUCUGCACAGAUAUCUGUUCUGAUAGCGCUGAGCUUUCAUUGUUCUGGAUGCAUACAUCUGUGCUUCAGGUACAGCUGGACCCAGCCACAGUAACCCUUGUACAAACUUGUUGUUUCUGUGAAUUUGUGAAUGCAUUUGAUAAUUAAAAAUAAAUGUAUGUGUCUCUGCACUUUCAGCUCAUAA